GGCGGGCGGGCCUGCCCUUCGGCGGCGGGCUCUGGCGGGCGGGCCGCCCGGCACCGCUCGGCUCUCCCCCGAGGCCGGCUGCCGGCUUGCACGUGGCCGUGUUUGCGUACGUGCGGCGGCCACCGGCCAGGGGAAAGUCCCAGUAGCUAAGGAUUAGGCUGCUGGAGCUCGGCCAAAGCCGGGGUGCGGCGGCUGGGGGCCGGCCCGCUAGCUCUGGCUGUCUUGAAAUCUUCGUGCGCUGGCGCGAGCUUGUGCACUCUUACCUGCCACUCUGCAGCUGUGCGUCCCACUUGUCUACACUUCCCAGAGCCCCCUGGAUCCUGCGACAGGCGAAAUGCUGUUGCUUGAUUGCAACCCGGAGGUGGACAGCCUGAGGCAUCUGCUGCAGACCGGGGCUUCGGUUAACGCACCACCGGAUUCUUGUGAGCAGUCACCUGUCCACUUGGCCGCAGGGGGCGGCCUGGCUUGUUUGCUUCUCUGGCAGCUGCAAACAGGCGCUGACCUCAACCAGCAGGAUGUUUUGGGGGAAGCUCCGCUGCACAAGGCUGCCAGAGUUGGAAGCUUGGAAUGCCUCAGCCUGCUUGUAGCCAAAGAUGCCCAACUUGACUUAUGUAAUAAAAAUGGACAAACAGCUGAAGAUCUGGCUUGGUCAUGUGGAUUUCUGGAAUGUGCCAAAUUUCUUACAACAGUUAAAUCUAUGCAGACGAUAAAAUCAAGUGGACAGUCCAACAGCGAUCACUGUGUUCCAGUGCUCAGACAGAAGCGAAGUUUUGGAAGUGCAGAAUCUACAAAUGGGAAAAGGAAGUGUUGAUGUGCUCAUGAAGAAGUCGGAGGAUGGUCCUCAUUUCGUGCAGACCUACAAAAGCUGUGGCUUUUGGUUUACCAAGUAUGUUUGAGCUCCAUCUCAGGAGGACAGCUUUCUUCCAAGUGAAGACAACGUUUAUGCGUACAUGUAUUCACAUGUCUGCCAUACAUUGUUGUGCACGCUUUGUCUUUUAAGUUAUUAAAGGGAUAUUUAAAGAAAU